GUCACCGAAUAAACACAACAAACGACAGCGCACACACACUCACACAAGCACAUGCUCGUAAAAAAGCACGAGUACGCUCAACACUGUUUGAAACGAAUUUUUUUUUUUCGUUGCUUAUCGCAGAACGAUGAGUAUGUUCAGUAUUGGAUAACCAGUGCGCAUAGACCGUGCAAAAAAACAACAACCAAUUCAGGACGACAGCAGCUCAAUAAGGGAAAAAACACAAGCCCAAUUAUGGCAAAUUAAAUCAAAAUCGACCUGAUUUGUGUGACUGAAACUCAGCCAAAGACGAACGAGAGUAGAAAUUGAAAAAAAAAUAUGUGAAACAUCGGCAAUUUGAAACCAAUUUUCUGUGAUAAUGUGAUAUAACAACAACUAAACCAAACAAAAAAAAAAUUAAAUAGCAAAGAAAAAAAAAGAUAACCACAUAAAAUUCGAUGUACAAAACGUAUCAAGCCUCAAAACCAAUUUUAUUAAUUAGUCUAAAUUCCAUUUGAAAACGUUUUUAUUCACGUUGAAUUGUUUUGUUGUUUGUAAUUUUACCGAUGGCAAAGUCAUAUAGAAUUUUUUUUCAAUAGAAUCAUGUCGAUGAUUCGAUGCUGUUUUGAGCCUGUUGAGCUCCCCGAAUUUGUUGAUACCAUGAUUAAAAAAUGUACAGCACCAAGUUGUUGCUGCGGUUGCUGUUCGGCAUUGAGACCUCGCUACAAGCGAUUGGUUGACAAUAUUUUCCCCGUAAAUCCAGACGAUGGCUUAGUCAAAUCCAAUAUGGAAAAGCUAACGUUCUAUUCGUUGAGCUCACCAGAAAAAUUGGACAGAAUUGGCGAGUAUUUGUACCAAAAAGCAGCCAAAGACAUUCAUCGCAAACGAUACAAGCUUGUGGAAAUCGCAAUGGAGGCUAUGGAUUUGCUGUUGAUGGCGUGUCACGCACAAACGCUCAAUUUGUUCGUCGAAUCAUUUUUGCGUAUGGUUCAAAAAUUGAUGGAAGACGCAAAUCCAAAUUUGCAAAUUUUGGCUACCAAUUCGUUUGUUCGAUUUGCCAACAUUGAAGAAGACACUCCGUCAUAUCAUCGGCGGUACGACUUUUUCAUCUCGAAAUUUUCAUCGAUGUGCCAUGGCAACCAUGAAAAUGUUGAACUUCGAGAUUCGAUCCGUAUGGCUGGCAUUAAGGGUUUACAAGGUGUCAUUCGAAAAACGGUAUCAGAUGAUUUGGUCGAGAAUAUCUGGGAUAAACAUCACAUGGAGAAAAUCGUUCCAUCGCUUUUGUUUAACAUGCAAAAUAUGUCUUCGACGCCGAUAACGUCAACCGAAGAUUCUACGGUAGCGACACCACCAGUUUUGGCGGAAUCUGUACUUCGUGAACUAGUCAGUCGAGCAUCAUUCACUCACAUAAAAUCUGUACUUAAGCCGCUAUUGAUGCAUUUGGAUCGCCACGAAUUGUGGGUGCCGAAUCAGUUUGCCAUACAAACAUUCCGUAUCGUUAUGAUAUCGAUUCAGCCACAGUAUUCGUACACGGUUGUCGAAACGCUAAUGCAGCACUUGGAUCAGAAUAUGAAAUCAUCGCCGCGUACCAAAACCUCUUUGGCCGUUGUUCUAUCGAAAAUUAUUGCAAUUGCGGCUGGAGAAAGUGUUGGUCCGUCAGCUUUGGAUAUUAUAAAUAAUUUGCUUACACAUUUGCGCACAAGUACGCUGAGCACGCAAAGCGAACCAACAUUGGAGGAGUCACAAUAUCAAGAAGCAUUGAUAAAUGCUCUGGGUGAAUUUGCUAACCAUCAUCCAGACUAUCAGAAGAUCGAAAUCAUGUUGUUCAUCAUGAAUACGGUGCCGGAUUUGACAAAAACAAGCAAAGCCGAUCAAAUGUUACAAACGAUUCUAUUGAAGAGUUUACUAAAAGUUGGCGUUCAGUAUCAUACCAUUUCAUUUGAAAAGGCAUUCCCGUCGUCAUUCCUACAACCAUUGCUUCGAAUGGCACGCGCUCAACAUCUACCAACGCGAUUGAUUGUAAUGAAGAUAUUCCAAGCACUUUUAGACCGGCAUCAAAAUCAAGUGACUUUGAGUGUAAUCAAAACGAAAAACUACGUGGAUUUGAGCUUGGAAACACCAUCAAGAUCUGACAUUAUAUUUACACAUAAACAUGGAGCAAAUAUUAUGCAAGCUUUGCUGGACACGCUGCUUAUUGACAUGAAUACCGAAGCUUUGAUCGCCACAUUUAAUACAGCCGCGUUGAUGGUCGUUGAAAUGUGCUCGGGUGAAACGAUUCAAGAGUUUUUGCUGUUUAUUUUGGGAAUACAGCAACUGGCCGCUACCACCCAAGAGCUAUCUGAAACGCAUCGAUGCAACUUGCACAUCAUAUCGAUUGCAUUGUUUUCGUUGGUGUGUCGAGUGACUGGUAUCAACAGUUUGACAGAAUAUUCGGAUAAAAUCAUAGCCGAUCGAGCAAUUGAAGCAACCCAUUUCCUACCGCCAUUGAUUGAGACGAGUGGAAAAUUCAAUUUGAAUAUUCCGCAAGUGAUGAUGGAUAAGAUAACACUCGCCGAAUGUUUGCAAAGUGCUGGCAUUGAAUCGGGCCGAUUGCAAAGCGGUGUGCCAUACAGUUUGAAUUCGGGCGAUCAAAUGGGACCACGACAAUCGUGGGUCGAUCCAUCCAAUGUGCAUGCGGUUGCAAUGUCAAUGUCGCGUGCAAGCAAUGGUGAUAUUCAAUCGUUCAACGAUAAUGACAGUGUAAACAGUUCACCAGGUGUACAAAGACGUGUGUUAACCACAGAAUUUAACUUUGACGCAAUGAAACGAGUGUUGGGUGAACCAACCGAAGCCAUAAAACGUGAAAAUUCGGAAACACAACGGCAACUAGUGAAAACAUUCCGAAAUGCAAACUUUGAGGACUUAAUGCGGCGAACUGAGCCCAAGCAUGAUGUCAUCCAAACACGGUUGAGUGAUUUAUUCAAUUCUUUGGCAGUUGAACGGCAAAUCAUUGGUCAAACUGAUCAAUUUAAAACGAGUCAAUCGAAUAAGUCGGUCUACGAAAAUAACUUCCCCGAAUUAUUCUUCUACUAAUAUGAUCCAGGGAAAAUGCUAAACUUCCAAUCUUUGUGGUGAUCGGUUUUGGAUGUGGGAAAAAGAGACGAGAAAUUGUUGGCUCAUAGAAUGACCGAAAUUACUUAUAAUAUUUACACAAAAUACAUCUUAUUGAUGGCUAUCAUCUUUGGUUUUUACAAAAUAUCUUGUUGGAAAGUACAAUAUCUUUGUAACAAAAAUUCAAAAUUCAAGCAAUUCUAUAUUCCUAUAUAUAUACUCCAAUAAAAGCAACAUUUCAUUCAAAAAA